AUGGAUUCGCCGGUGUCCUCUCAAGACGAACGCGACAUAGAGGUCAACGUGGUCUCCGGAGCGAGCACGCCCGACAUCACCUCCUCCCCAACAAGAGAACAGAAGAGUCCUUAUUACGAGCUAAAGAAGGACAAAGAAGAGAAGGCUACCGGGAGUGCUCCGUACACCAGUUUUUCCAUUAGUUCGAUCUUGAACCGUUCCGAGCCUAGAAGGGAAUCGAAUGUUCUGGAAUCGGCACUGGCUGCUCAUCAUUUUGGGAACGCCAAUGACGCUAUGCUAUCUAGAUUGGGUUUGAUCUCGCAGUGGAGCGCCCUGGCUGGACGGUACGGAGGCCUGGUGCCAGCUCCCUGGUACUGGCAACGACCUCAAGAACGAGCCUCUCCUCCCAAAGAGGAUUGCGUUGCUAAUGAAGAAGGCUCAGCUGGUGGAUCUCCGCGUCCCCGGAGUCCGCCACGAGCUCCCACUCCUCCGUCGCCGUCGCGUUCGUCCCCUCGUUCACCGCGACUACAUCCCGCCUUAUACCCGCAGCAGCAAGACCCUCAGGACUCCGAUCCCGACAUAGACGAGAGCGACGAUUUCGAUAAAGACGAAAAACGAGACCCCAAUACGAAUUUAGGAAAGAGGAAGAAGAAAACGCGCACGGUAUUUUCACGUUCUCAAGUGUUCCAGCUUGAAUCCACGUUCGACAUGAAACGGUAUUUGAGCAGCUCCGAACGCGCCGGCUUAGCGGCUAGCCUACAUCUCACCGAGACGCAGGUAAAGAUCUGGUUCCAGAACCGACGCAACAAGUGGAAGAGGCAGCUAGCUGCUGAACUAGAAGCGGCAAACAUGGCCCACGCUGCCCAACGUCUCGUUCGGGUACCGAUUCUGUAUCACGAGUCGCGACCAACGUCGAUCCCCCACACGCCGUUGCCGAUGCACCCUCAGUUCUCCAACGAGCCCGGAGUUUAUUUUCCUCAGCAGGCGCCGCAGCAGCUGCAGCCCCUCCCGGCUUCUCCGGUGACGUCACGGGCUCCCCUCUCGAGUCUGGUAUAG